AUGUUCAAGCACGCAAAAACGGGGACGGGAGCAACUUCCUCUAAAGGAGGAUCGAAGGGAAAAUCCAAGGAUCCCCCGUUUCGUUUGUUGAAUCGUGAGGAUCGUAAAACUUAUGAUUUUCUCGUUUCUAAUAAGCGUCAAGUCAAGUCAACAAAAUUCCUCCAUAGGGAAUCUUUUGCUAGUCUUGGGGUGCUCGAUGGAGUCCAAGCGUUAUUUAACAACAUCGGGUGGGGUCAAUUCCUCCAUAACCGCGCCGCCACCUAUGUUGAACCCACCUUGGAAUUUCUUACCACAUUCAAUCCCGAGGAGGAAGCCCAAACCGUCACCUUCCAAAUCCUCGCGAGAAACGAUCUCUACCACAUCGGGUCGUGA